GAAGACGGACAUCAACGUCACUGCGGCCACAGUCCCCAGAGACCACACAAUCCCAAUCGCACUGUUGACGACAGCUUGAUGUGGAGCGUCGUCUCCAUUUAACCCAACUUGAAUGGACGCUAUCUACAUAUCCCGUCCUUCCCGUCUCCCCCGUGCAUGUCAACAUCCCAUCCAGGCACCAUGUCGUGAUAUCCACCCGAUAAACAUCGUGAGACAGUCCGGGCCGUGGUCAGCGGCACGGACAUUUCCAUUCUGGCUUCAAUCUCGACCUCGGUGUUCUCGGAAUAGCAUCUUCUGCCUCUUUCCAUCAUGUUGACCCACGACAAGGUUGCUUUCCUGGGGAAUUUUGCGGGGUGACCAAGUCUGGCUUCCGUUUUCAUCAUGAUGGAAGCUUUCCAGACAUUCGAGGGGUUUUAAAAGGCCUAAGCCCAUGUCGGCUUGUGGAUGUCGAAACAGGCUGACGGAGCUCCAGGGAUAAUAUCUAGCCAUGCCUGAUAAGCACUCGUAGACCUUUCCACGUCGGCGACUGGAGGCAUGGCCCCAUCAAGUGGUUAUCGGCGCCCAAUCGUCUUACUCCGGACCGGUACCUUGACUUCCAGAAUGCAACACACCCUUCACAUCUUCAUCCGUGGUUACGGUGGCUAUCUGGGCACUCCUGAACCUGAACAAUACCACUCUGCCACCAUCAAUCGGAACUCGCCUGAUGACCGCCGCUGCACGAGGUUCCAAGAAACUUCCUGUCCGAUCCAUGAUGCCUUGCAUUGUUCCUUCUACACAUGGCACCAGAGCAAAAGUUUAUUUCAACCUUUUGUCAUUUCAUGUACCAAGGACAUUGGAAGGUGUCACCUCCUUCGUCCUGGAAUGUCGCCAUCAUGGAGGGCAUUGUGGACGUCGAAGGCUUUUCAAGACCUGUCGAUAUUUCAGAUGCUGCUGAUGGGAAUCGAGGUUCUCUGCCUACUACAAGUCGCUAGCUCAGGGCGCUCCAACUUUCUCACAGCCAAAGAGGCCAACCAAUUGGACAUGAACCUCAAGACUGUGUUACACAACAUUCCUGUCCAGUCGGCGACUGUGGUGCUAGCUGUACUGUACAUCACCAACCUCGCCAUCAGGAAUCAUACCUACGUGCCGUCUUCGCAUGCCGCAUCCGACUGGCUGACCCAGUUUUGGCCAGUAUGGACUCGUGGAUAUCGUCUUCAGAAGACCUUUAUUGGCAUCGAUUGAUCUUCCAUGCAGCCUCGUCAUGGAUUGCCCACAUGUGACUGGCAGAUGGACGAUGCGAAACAACCAAGGCCCCAUGGCCUUCUUUUUUAACCGUGGGCGUAAUACAAAUCCAGCGCUGAACUUCGGCGUCAAGACACGGAAAUCCUCCAUUUAAGCUUCUGUGAAGCCUUGUCUCCCGCUAGGCUGCAAUCAACGUAGCGCAACGAGCAGCGUCAUUGUACAAUGCGACGUACACUUGAUAGAGCCGACUGGAAUCAUAUUGGGGUGAUAACGAUGCCAGUAGCAAGAAGGCUUCAACGCAUGAGAUAUCAAGAUUUCCAAAAAGAAAAAGAAAAGGUGAGGCCAAGGGUAGAUACCCAAUGGCUUUUUGAGCCAACAGGGCGGCAGCUGAAAAGGUAUCUGCGGUGGCAACAUCGACGACUUGGACCACCAACUGAAAUGCUCAAGCUCUCGACUUAUUCGCUAA